AAAAAAUUCUUAAUGAAUUGUGCCAACAGGACGUAUAAGCAAUAUUUUAUAAAUUGCAUUUCCCUAGCAACAGGGCGUAUAAGCAAUAUUUUAUAAAUUGCAUUUCGCUAUCAACAGAGCGUAUAAGCAAUAUUUUAUAAAUUGCAUUUCCCUAUCAACAGGGCGUAUACGUAAUAUUUUACGAAUUGCAUUUCUGUGAAGGUAAUUUAAUAAAAAUCCAUAAAAACACUUUUAAAAUAUGUUUGAUAAAUCUACUUGGUAAUAUUACGCAUUUUUUUUGACACAUACCUCAGUCAACUUUCUGUUUUUAUUGAAGCAGCAUUUGUUGAACAUUUAUAAAAUCUGGAAAGCCAGAAAAAUUCCCAGUUCGAUACAGACAGGAUGGCUGCCGCGGAGUCGCCCAACUUGGCGGAGUACAAGGCCGGUCGCAUGAUCCUCCUGGGCAAGAUGGUGGAGCCCGACGACCGGAAGGGUCUGCUCUACGUUCGCCGCUCCCCCGACAAUCAAAUGCACAUCCACUGGAUGGACCGGCGAUCGCGUGCCGUCGAGCUGGACAUUGUGGCCACGCCGGGUAGCCUGGAGUUCCGUCGCAUCGAUGGCUGCACGACGGGCCGGGUGUACGUGCUCAAGAGCACACGCUCCACGCAGCGCUACUUCUUCUGGAUGCAGGAACCGCAGGUGGAGCGCGAUGCGGACUUCUGCCGCCGGGUCAACGAACUGAUUGCCGCUGGCGAACGCAAGUGGGACGAGAGUGCGGCAGUCGAUGGCGAUGUGGAUACGGAUGUGGAGUCGCGGCGCGGUGGCGGUGGUGCCACGGGCGGAGAUCUUCGUGUGCUCGAGGAAAUGCGUCGCAUUCUGGAGACCACUUUGGCAGCACCACCGGAAAGUUGGGUGCAAGUCGGCCAGUCGAUGCUCGCUGAAAACAGAAACCGGAGACCAGAGGAGGCGGCGACUCCUUGGAAACCCGAUAAAGUUCUCGAUUUGGCAGCUGCCUUGCGUUAUCAUGGUGAAGAGGCCGUGGUUAAGCUGCUGGAUUCGCCAGUAAGACGACAAAAGCUGCUCGACCAACUGCCCAACGAUCCCGAAGAGGAGGAGGAGGGCACUCCCGCCAGCCAGAUAAUCCUCGAGCACCUGCAGUCGCCGCAGUUCAACGAAUCCCUGUCCGACUUCUCCGUGGGUCUCCACCACGGUGCCCUCAGAUCGAUCCUGGAGCCGCUGCUCAACGACAAGGAAGCUCUGGAUGCCGCCAAAGCCGGCGAUAUCGAGCGAUUCCUUCGUGUCCUGCAUCGCAAGGAAAAAGGAGAAGAAUUCACUGGGCCAGCCGAUUGAACCGUAGUGUCCCCAUAAAUAAGUCAAAAUAUAUACACAAAAACACUGAAAUAAAUUACGGGGAGGAGCGUACAAAAUGCAAUAACUGCUUGACUCUCCGUCUCGAGUUACGAAGAUAAAUGAGAUGCCAUAAGUUAGACGACAACUUGCACACACAACUCCAGACAAAGACCAAGCGGAUAAAAGUGUGCUUGUGCUGCUCUCUCUUCUCCCACAAAAAAAAAGCGAAAAAAACGUACACUAAAAAUUGAUAUGAAAUACACAAAAUACAAAAAAAAAAAAAAAGACAAGGAGUGCAAAAAAUUCGAAGGAGAAUAAGAAGCAACGACGACGAUGAGACGGGAAUGAAAACAAAGGAGGGAAAUUUCUCAAAUAAAAAAUAGUUGUAAACUGCAA